AUGGCGGCUCGCAUGCAUGCGAGAGACUUUGGAAACAAAUUUUGGAUUUGCAGAAAAGGGUUUUAUUUAAAGGACAUUAAAAACCGUUUGUUUCAUUCAUUUGGACUUAAAGACAUUUUGCUUAAGAGACUGAAAGAUAUGAACAUCGAGAAACCAACCGCCAUUCAAGAAAAGGUUUGUUUAGAAUUUGCAGGCGCUGAUUAACCUAAUUUUAAUUUUGUUUCCUCAUUGUUUACCUUUGGCUUGGUACUGUAGGCCCUGGGAACUGUUAUGGAAGGAGAAGACGUAGUAAUCAAUGCAGAAACUGGAAGCGGCAAAACACUCUGUAAGUACGUAUAUGAGCGUAUGAAGAUGAGUACCCUGCGAGCAGAGGCCCUUCGAUCUUCCUAGAUAAGUCGGGAAGAGCAAGGGACAUAGUCCACGAGUAUUCACUCUUCCCAGUGCAUUUUUCAUGGCUUUUUCAAAUACAUCCUUCGAAAGAGAAACGAGGCCCUGCCAGAGGGGGGGGGGGGGUCCCAUGUCACCCAUCUGAAUUGUAAAACGUCUCGUGUCGGUGUUUUUAAAUGCUUGUCGCUUAUUGUCGGCUUUGCCGUCACUGUCGCAGUUUGGCCGAGGGAGGUUGUCUCUUGUCGCGAUUUCAUUUUACACACUGUUGCUACUUUUUGUGCCAUGUUGCUUGUCAGAAUUUACCCUGGCAGGACCUCUCAGAAACGUCUGCCAUUGUUUUGAAUUUUACGAGUGCAUCAAGUGUACUGUGGGUGUGUAUUUAGUCAGCAAUUUCUAGCAAAGCACUUGCGCACUAAACAAAAACAGGAAAAACUGGUUUCAAACCGGACUGACUCAUCCAUUUGGAGGAUGAGCGGCAAAUCAAAGAAAGUCGAGGCGGCUGGCAGAGGUCCCUUCCUCUUCCCAACUUAUAAAGGAAGAUUGAAGGGCCUCUGCUCGCAGGGUAGAAGAUGAGUGUUUCAAGCAGUAAAAUACAUCCAUCUCCCAUGGCUUCCUUUUUCUGGGGAUAUUCACAAGAGUUGUUCGUGUUUUAGCCUCAAAAGUUCCAUAAAAGAGUGUAAUUACCACAUCAACCAAUCACCGCUCCUAGGCAGAGUUAUGCUGUCAGUGUGGAAUUUUUUGGGCCACAAUGGAGACGUCUCUUAUGAAACGUCCCACUGAUGGGGAGUGAUCAAAGGUAGCAGUAUUCAAGGGCUAAGUUAUAGUUUUGGGAUCUUUGUUAAUAACUUUUACAAGUGUCACUGGUUAUACUUCAUUUACAGGUUACUUGCUACCCAUUAUAAACAAACUGCUUGUUGAUAAGGAGCUGCUUUCCCGACCACCUUAUGCUGUUGUUUUGCUGCCAAGUAUUGAGCUGUGUCACCAGGUAAGAUACUUCCUUAAAACCUCCUUGAUGAUUAUUUCUGGGUUGGUGGGAAAAAGACUCCAUAAUUUUUAGGGGGCAUUCUGGUAAAAAGAAUGGUUUUUGAGAAAUGACUCUAUUAGUUUGGAGUCCAUGGUUUAGUAAUAAUUGUUUUAAGAAUUUUGGAUGAUUUUUCGAAUGCUUUUAAUAUAUACAAAUUGGGGGGGGGGGGGGGGGGGGUUUAAUUGGCAAAUUGGAGAAUAUUGGAUUUGGGGGAUGUUAAAAUCGUGAAUAUGAAGUGAAUAAUUAGUAGACAAAUACCAGUCCACCACCAUAACAAUACCUUUUCUACUAAUUUAUUUUCUUCCCAAGUCAACAUCAUUUCCCCAAAAAAACAACCAGAGUGUCCCUUUAAUGGUUUAUCUUGGGAAGGAAAAGGUUAGCUGACUUGUACUUACAGUACAGUCAGAUCUGUAUUAAGCAUUCACUUACCAAGGAGUUUCUUGGUAUUGCAGAAACUGUUGUUGGUUCACUUUUGUGUUGUGGUAUGAUAUUGUCUGUUGUCUUUUUAAUCUUUUGGUAUUAUGUCAUUUGGUGAUUACACCCGUCAACAACACCAAAACACUACCCUUACAAAAGCCCAGGCAGUGAAUUUCUCUUAAUUACUAUAAAACUUGCUGUCUUGUACUAAGUGCCAACUCUAUUAAGUGGCUGCAGUCAUCUUUUAUAAGGUCUCUAUGAUUUUGUUUUAUUGUCUUCACUCCAUUAUAAAAGCAACACUCCUUACUGGAUACAAGACUGACAGCAUUGAUUUAUGUUAUCAUUGUAGGUUGCCAGUGUUUUCCGUAGUCUAGCACAUGACGCACUUCAUCCAUGCAUUGUUCACAGAGAGUCCAAACUUAUGGUUAACCCUAAUUAUUCAAUUAUAGUGGCCACAGCCAACUCACUGUGUAACUACAGCCUAAGCUCUCUGAGCAAUGUUCAAGUUGUGGUUAUUGAUGAAGCAGAUCUGUUACUGACUAGUGGAGGAAAUAAUCUAUGGGAAAUCCUUAGCUUUUUUAAGGGUGUUGACAGCUUGAAGGCCAAGAAGAAAAAAAGGCACUUGGCAAGGCAACAAAAAGCUUCCAGACAACAUAAUGCUGUUGAUGAUGAGAAUGUUACAAGUGACUCACCCAGACGAACAGAAAUUAAAUUCACUUCUGAUGCUAAAAGAGAAAUUUGUCAACCUGAGAUGACCUUCACACCACCUCCAAAAAGGCAAUUUGUUUUUGUCGCAGCCACAUUGCCCCAUCAUGGCCCAAAAUCUGCUUUCAGUGUGCUGAAAGACUGGGUUCCAGAAGCAGAAUUUGUGUCCACUGAUUUAGUCCACCAAAUUUUGCCCACGGUGGAUAUAUUUUAUGUGCGUGUACAAGAAGCUGAAAAGUUGCCUGCGUUAUUACGUUGCCUUAACAGCCUUGCAGGACUGAUUAAAUACCCAUUCGCUCAUGCUGAAAAGAAGAGUAAUGAGAAAAUGGAUUUCAAAUUUGAGGAAAGUGUUGAUUUUAGUUCUGAUAUUUCUUUUGGCAAAGAUACAUGUAAAACUGAGAAAAUGUAUCUAUCAAACAAAAAGACUGAAAUCUUGGAUGCUCACAAAUCAAAGUUUAAGGAUCGAGCCUUGGAAGAGAGAGACUUUGCAACAUCGUUUGGAAAUGUAAGUUGGGAAAAUCUCAGGGUAUUAGUAUUUGUAAACUCUGCAAGAGCAGCUGAGCAAGCCUUUGACUUUCUAAGACCUGGAGAAGUAGAGGAAAGCAACUCAAUUUCUUGGAAACAUGGAACUAAAAGUGAUGAAAGUUCAACUACAUGGCAAGCUGAGUUAGACAAUGGUGAUGGCAGCAAAAAAGAUGCCCCAAGUUAUUUUGUGACACACACCGGUAGCAAGGACAUCUGGAUUGGACGAGUUGGAAUGAUUCACAAAAGGGUUCCUCUUUCUCAGAGAAUAGAAACACUAAACAAGUUUAAAUCGGAGGAGCUGAAAGUUUUAAUAUGCACUGACCUGGCAUCUAGAGGAUUGGAUAUUCAGGAUGUAAGUCAUGUGAUUCAGUUGGACUUUGCUCCCAAUGCGGCACACAUGCUUCAUCGGGCAGGACGGACAGCAAGGGCAGGUACAUCAGGAAGAGGUAAGAAUCCAUGUUAACCCUUUAUGAAGCCCCAAUCAUUUAUUCCCAUACAAAUUCUCCAGACUAACCUCCAUUCAUUUCUUUUACACUUUACAAAAGUAAGUCCCAAAAGUGACCAACAUCAAUUUUCUCCAAACAACACUAGUACAUCUCCAAUGGUUAAAGGUUAUGAGAACUGGUUAAAUGGUCACCAAAGGGAAAAUGCUUUGAAUUUUAUCAAAUUCUUCCAAUUAGUUCUCUAAGGAAAUAUGUGGAGAUCAGUCAGGAGAAUUUGUAUGUGGAUACUGGAGGUUAAAGAACUUUUUGGGAGAAUUUGAUAGAAGAUCAAAGCAGUUUCCCUUAGGUGAUCAUUUUAUUAUUUCUCAUAAUCUUUUCUCUUGAUUAUGUAUUCAGAUUGUUAGUAGGAAAUUCAUGUUGGUCACUGUUGGGACUAAAAGGGUUAAUACCAAUGUAUCUGUUUAUGAGUAAGCUCUCCAUUUGGGGGUAUUGCACGGGUACAUGCCGCAAUAUCUUUAAAAUUGCUUUGAGCUCACUUGUUUUGAAUUCUGUUCUCGGCUCAUUUUGGUUUCUGUUGCAAUGGAAAGUUUGCUUGCUGGCUAGAAUUAACUGUAAAGAGUAAAAAUCUAACCAAGAAGGCCGGUGUAUCCGCUAGAGCUUGCGAAGUCCUCACCUCUGAGUCUGUGCGUAAAAUCGUACAAUGUGACAAUUUAAAUGAAACCUCCAAAUGACCAACCUCUUUGGCAAAACUAUUCACCAGUAUUUUAAGACACAAUUUUCAAAAUUUCGCCCUUGGUUAAGUUUAAUUUAUUUCGAUUCAUUGUAUCCUCUGUUUUUACUGAGUAUUUUGCUGUUGCAGUUAUUAAUUUGGUUACUAAAGACGAUGAAGAUUUGGCAACAGCUCUUCAAGCUUGUGAAGACCCCUCCAGUGGUAGGAGAUAUGAAUCCCACUUCAGCCGACAACGACAAUUUAGGAGACGGCUUAAGAAGAAGUUACAGGGUCAACUUAAAAGGGAAGCUGAAGAAGUCUGUGAGUUAUAG